CCGAAAUCCUACUGAACAUCUUCUUCACUUUUUUUUUGUUUUGAAUGACACACAGUAAGUUCUGCUGUGUAUUUUCUUCUGAUAACAGACAGAUAUUCAUUAGAGAUGGCUGAUCACACAAAGACGGAACACAGUCAAAACACAUCUAAUGUUCUUUGUGAUGCCUGCCAUGGAAAUCAAAAACUCAGCGCAGUAAAAUCAUGCUUGCAAUGUGUAACAUCCUUCUGUGAGACUCACUUGGAAAAUCACAAAACAGCAGCAAGGCUCAUAAAACACAAACUGAUCGACCCCGUGGACAACCUGGAAGAUUAUAUCUGUGUAAAACAUGAAAAACCUCUGGAGUUAUUCUGCAGAGAUGACCAGACAUUUCUCUGUCCUAUCUGCAUAGAAAUAGGACACAAAGCACACAACAUUGUUCCUAUAGAACAAGAGAGUGGAGAUCAGAGGGCUCAGCUGGAAAAGACACAAGCAAAAGUCAAGAUGAUGAUCCAGGAUAGAAUAAAGAAGACAGAGGAGAUAAAAAGCUCUGAAAAGAACAACAAUGUUAAAAGUCUCACCGCUCUGAUUGAGAGAUGUCUGUCUGAGCUGCUGGAGGUGAUCGGGGAGAAGCAGAAAGCAGCAGAAAAGCAGGCUGAAGAGCUGCUUAAAGAGCUGGAGCAAGAAAUGACUGAGCUCAAGAGCAGAGAGACGGCGCUGGAGCAGCUCUCACACACUGAGGAUCACCUGCACCUCCUACGGACUUGCUCAUCUGUGUGCAGCCUUCCACAAGUCAAGUCCCGGACCAGCAACAUUACUGAUAUGAAUAUAGAUCUGACCACAGAAGUCUUUGAGAAAGCUCUCCAGGGCCUUCAGGAAAACAUCAAAAUGGAACUGAAGAAAUUCUUUGAAAUCACCCACUGUCCACACAGACCUUCAGUUGUUCAAGAGUCUUCCGCCUCUUCCUUCUCAUCCUUUACUGAUACAGAAAACAAAAUCUACUUCAGCAAGAGCAGCACUUCACCAAAAAGAGUGGAAAAGAUGAAUAAAAAAGCUUUUAAAUUGGCUGCUUGUAUUGAAUUUGUCACUGCACAUGUGUUUCUUUUUGCAGUGAAUGUGAUAUUGGAUCCUAAAACAGCUCAUCCUAAACUCAUCCUGUCUAAGGACAGAAAACAAGUGAAGCAUAGUGGAUCCUGGAGAGAUGUUCCCAAUAACCCUGAGAGAUUUGACUCGUCUUCUUGUGUCCUGGGAAAGGAUGGGUUUUCCUGUGGGAAAAUUUAUUAUGAGGUUGAAGUCGGUGAAAAAACUGAAUGGGACUUAGGUAUGGCUAGAGAGUCCAUUGAGAGAAAGGGGAAAAUAACAGUGUGCCCAGAGAAUGGAUUUUGGAGUAUUUGGCUUAGAAAUGGAGAUGAAUAUGUGGCUAAUGAAUCUUGCCCCGUUCCUCUUUCUCUGAAAGACAAACCCCAGAAGGUGGGAGUGUUUGUGGAUUAUGAGGAGGGUCUGGUCUCCUUCUACAAUGUGGAGACCAAGGCUCUUAUCUACUCCUUCACUGGUCAGUCUUUCACUGAAAAAAUCUAUCCAUUUUUCAGCCCUUGCAACAAGCGAGGAGAUGUGAACACAAAGCCUCUGAUUAUCUACUAGUUAGUUAGUCUUCUACUAGUUAGUGUAUUUAUUAAACAAUGUAAAGUUUUAAUGCAACAAAUAAAUGACAAGGGUCACACAUUGCCCUAGGAUUGAAUCUCUAACCUUCCUACAUCCAAACAUCUGU